UCAUGUAGGCAGUCAGAAAUACUUUCUAUUUGUCUUCGAGAUGCAAAAAAGAAGGAAGCCUGAGCCUAUCCAACUUAACCCGAUUCCUGAUGGGAAGACCAUUAACGGCAUCGGAGCUUCAGAAACCAACUUGGAGUCCCUGCAGAAGAAGUUGGAGGAGCUGGAGUUGGACGAGCAGCAGCGUAAGCGCCUGGAGGCCUUCCUCACGCAGAAGCAGAAGGUGGUGGAGCUGAAGGACGAUGACUUCGAGAAGAUCUGUGAGCUGGGCGCCGGCAACGGAGGGGUGGUCUUCAAGGUCUCCCACAGGCCCUCCGGACUCAUCAUGGCUCGCAAGCUGAUCCACCUCGAGAUCAAACCAGCCAUCAGGAACCAAAUCAUCCGGGAACUGCAAGUGCUGCACGAGUGUAACUCCCCCUACAUCGUGGGCUUCUACGGGGCCUUCUACAGUGAUGGAGAAAUUAGUAUCUGUAUGGAGAAUAUGGAUGGAGGCUCACUGGACCAGUCAUUGAAGAAAGCGGGCAAAAUCCCAGAACAGUUUCUGGGGAAAGUCAGCAUUGCUGUUAUUAAAGGUUUGUCCUAUCUGCGAGAGAAACACAAGAUUAUGCACAGAGAUGUGAAACCCUCCAACAUCCUGGUGAACUCCCGGGGGGAGAUCAAGCUGUGUGACUUCGGUGUGAGCGGACAGCUCAUCGACUCCAUGGCCAACUCGUUCGUGGGCACUCGCUCUUACAUGUCGCCGGAGCGCCUUCAGGGCACUCACUACUCUGUCCAGUCGGACAUCUGGAGCAUGGGGUUGUCCCUGGUGGAGAUGGCCAUUGGCCGCUUCCCCAUCCCACCUCCUGACUCCAGGGAGCUGGAGCAGAUCUUUGGCUGUCCAGUGGAGGGUGAAGCCCCAUCCGGGGAGUGCUCUGCCAGGCCACGGCCUCCUGGACGCUCAGGGAACUCACAUGGCCCAGAGAGCAGACCUCCCAUGGCUAUUUUUGAGCUGCUCGACUACAUAGUGAACGAGCCUCCACCGAAACUGCCUGGCGUAUUCGGCCCUGAAUUCCAGGACUUUGUGAAUAAAUGCCUGAUAAAGAAUCCAGCAGAACGAGCAGACCUGAAACAAUUGAUGGUUCACCCUUUCAUCAAGGAGUCUGAAGUAGAGGAGGUGGACUUUGCUGGAUGGUUGUGCAACACCAUUGGCCUGAAUCAGCCUUUGACCCCCACCCACAGUGCAGGGGUGUAACCAGGAAACUUCCCCCUGCACACUACAUUCAACCGGAACCACAGCCAAGCCUUCAUUCCACACCCCAAAGUACAUUUGUAUGGGCAACGUUCCAAUACGAUUUUUUUUACAAGCUAAAUUAAAAAAAAGUGUAUAUUUGUGGUUUAACAUUUAGAUGACAAAUGAAAAUAUAUUAUUUACCAAAUCCUUGGAUUGCAUUCGCAAGCCUGUUAAAAAGCCAUUUUUUCUAAGUGUUCAGUUUUGUUUUUGCUUUGUAUGUGCUGUUUGCCUCUACUCAUUAUUGUGCAAGUGUGCCUAAAUCUUGUCAUUAAAAACACGAAUCAGAGCAUGUAUUUACGAGAGCCUUUUUAUUGUAAACCCGAAUUGCACCCAACCGCCUGUAUGAACCUGGGCUUAUGCAGUUGCAGGGGCUGGGGCCGCAGCAACCUUCUUGGUCUUCUUUGCUGGCCUCUUCUUGGGCUUCAGAUUCUUGGCCUUGAUC